AUUUUAAAUAGAAUCUUUUUUUUUUAAAUUUAAAAUUUAAAAGUUCGUUCACGUUAAAUUCCUAUGUAAAAAAAUUCACAUAACACGUUCGAUUCUUCAAGAUCAUUUUUUAUCCCCAUUGGUGGACCUCGAUCGAGGUCGAAAUUCUCCAACAUGCUUCCCCAACGAAGGAUAACGAUCUGUGCGGUGAUUUUUGGAUUGUUCUCCGGCGAAUUGGUGUCCUGUGAUAAGGAAGAAAGCAGAAACGCCGCAUUGAACGAGCCCGACUUCGAAACUCCUGAAUACAUAUUACCCUGCAGUAGGUCAGAUCCCAAGAUAGACGUGUGCUUUCAGAAUACGUUGAAUCAUCUGCAACCAUAUUUGCUGAAGGGUAUUCCUGAACUGGACUUACCCCCGAUCGAACCGCUGAUCAUCCCCGAACUGGGAAUGGAGAACGGCCAAGGGGCUGUUCGUGUCAGGGCAUUGUUCUCAAAUAUCACGGUUAUAGGAGCUGGAAAUUACUCGUUAACGAAGUCACGAGUCGACGUGAAAACAUACAGGCUUGACGUUCAUUUAGCAUUCCCGAAGAUCGAACUUCAAGGCCGUUACGAGGUCGUGGGGAACGUGUUGCUCUUCCCCAUUCAGAGCCACGGCGAAUUUUGGGCCCUCUUCGGUGAUGUCCAGGCGGUCGCCCGUAUCCAGGGCGCGGAGGAGAUCCGCGAUGGGGUUCGUUAUUUAAAAGUGGCGCGGAUGCUGGUCGAUUUCGGUCUUGGCCGCGCCCGUUUCCGGGUGGUCGAUCAAUUGAACGGCGACAACGUGAUCGGCCAAGCGAUGAACCAGUUCCUCAACCAGAACGCGAAGGAGAUCAUCGAGGAGAUGAGACCGGCAGCGAGCGCCAGUAUCGCGAAACACUUUAAGAAUUUCCUUGGCAAGGCUUUGAACAAGGUCCCGUUGAAAGUUUGGCUUCGUGACACGUAGCUCGUUCUCUAAUUCUUUCGAGAAUCACUCUCCUUUUCUUUUUCUUUUUUUUUUUUUUUCCUUUUUUUUUUAUUUCAUUUUUCUGAAAAUGAUUUUACACGUGGAAUUGGAACGUGAAUCGAUGAGAGUCAAAGGUGAGAAUGGAGAAGGAUUCGUGGAUAUUGAUGGACAGAUUAUUUUGACGACUUCAAAUUGUGCAUUGAUGCGGAUUGAAGAAGAAGAAUGAUAUUAAUUCGGGGAAAUUUAUCGUUUUUUUUAAGGAUUAUUAUACGAAUCGAGGUGGUGUUUGAGUGAAGUUGUUUUUGGUUGUUUGAACUUUGGUUGAAAGUUUUUCUUUUCUUUUCUUUUCUUUUCUUUUCUUUUUUUUUUUUUUAUUUCUUUUAAAAGUGAAAUUUUGGAAAGUUUUUCUUUCCUUAGGAUGAUUCCUUUCUAUCCUUUAAUUUUUCUAUAUUCUUUUUUAAUUUCAUUCUAUUUAUGAUGUUUAUAAUUUUCAGAAGAACGAGUUCAAAGAACAAAUUCAGAGAUGUCUCUAUAUUGUACCAUUUUCAGUUGUAUUUCGAAACAAAUGUCUAGUAUUAUUGUAAUUACUUAUCGUUAAUUUCAAUUGCAAUGCAGUGAUAUUUCGUUUGACAUUUGCAUUAUCGAUGAUGUACGGUACGUACACCGUGCAUUAAAGACAGAAUUAUUGCUGACCUAAAAAUGUAUUCAAUUUUGCAAUAUUUCUUGCAUCGAGAUUACACCUAUAAUUCUAAUACGGUAUAAUUUAAUUUUAUCUUCUGAUAAUUUUCCUUUUACAUUUAUCUCGACAAAAUGAUUAUUGUUGUUCAAAUAUUAUAUCGAAGUUUAGGACAAUCGUGAAUUUUUAUUUCCAAAGAUAUUUCUCCUUAUCGAAAUGUCAGAUUAAACGGGAACGAGAAAGGAAAAAUAAAAAUAUAAUUUUACGUACUUAAGUAAAUAAUUUUGUCGCACUAUCUAUCUAGAAAUCUUUUCGAAUAACGUGUGAUGAAAUUCGAGAUAAUAAGAUUUUCUGUGUACGAUGUAACAUUGUCUGCCAGGAUUACGAUAGUUUCUUGUUUACAAAGGUACGUAACGACGACACAUGGCAUUAGUCAUUAUUGAAAACAUUUAUAUUUUAUGUUUUCAUUAUGAUUCAAGUAUUGUAGAUCUAUCGUAGAAGAUAUCAUGCCUUAAAUAUACGUGUAA